GUGGAUUCAGAUGCUGAUGUUGGAGUAGCUAUUUUGAGUUUUGAGUGAAAUGUGUAUGUGCGUUAGGUGCAUGUAGUGUUCUGUGAAGUAAUAAGGUUAUCUUUAGAGGACAGGCAGUGACUGCCCCAUUGUGCAGUGAGGCGGAACGGGAAGUUCAUAGGUGGAUCAAAAACAAGUUCACAACAUCUACUAAGGCCAAUAUUGAAGAGGCACCGCUGGGAGGUAAUCUUAGUUUCUGCACAUGUCUACUGCCUCCUUGUGUAGCGUAAACGAUGUGAAGGUAUUGUAAGUACUACUUGGGGUAAGACUCUUACACUACUGGAUAAUGCGAGUAGAUAGUGAUGAGGAUGAAGUGGCUGUCAUAGAGUGGCAGUUCUCUAUAUCACUCAUGGGUGGAAGGACAAUAUUGUUUAUCGCCGUAUUAUUGUUAGCGAAGUUGCACUAUUGCCAGAAACAGCCAGCGUGUCUCCGUCAGCAGGUGCGUCAGCUGUCGUGGUGCUCGAUGGUGGUGGUGGUGAGUCUCGAUCCUGACUUUCUCAUCGCAUUCGCCGAGUGGUCUCUGAAGGGAAGGCUGCUGGUGUGGACCUCCAAGCUGCUGGUGGUGAGCCGCCUGACAAUUACGCAGCUCCAGGACCUUCUGCCCGCCCACUGGACUUUCUCCAUGAUGAACACAGUGUUUCUCAACAUGGAGGGCAACGCUGAGCAGCCCCGGUGUGGUAUGUACACGUACUUGCCGUACAGCAAAGGUGGCUCCCAGAUGGUGAAGAUCGCCUUCUGGACACCAGCUCACGGCUUCAAACACCUCUCUUCUGUCUCCUUUUUCCAGGACAAAUUCCAAAAUUUCUACGGUGCCAAAGUGAACGUGACAUCCGAACCCUACAUGCCUUACUGGGACGAGGAAGAGGUGCUGGCCGCUGAUGGUUCCAAGACAAUCGUGUACCGUGGCUCUGACUACCGCAUGGUGGAAGCUAUUGCCUCGGCUCUUAAUUUUACUGUCCGCGUCCUUCCGACGUCAUCGUGGACUGAGGUAACAAGUCUGGUGGAGGAGAAGACUUCACUGAUAUCUCCAAUUAUUCAUAAUAUCAUACCAGAGCGCGUCGAAAAAUUUGACUUCACUUACUUAUAUGAAAAUGCAUAUGGGUCAUUUGGCAUGGCUAAACCUGAUCUGGAGCCAAGAUGGAAAAGCAUCUACUAUCCUCUGUCUAUUGGAGUGUGGACAAUAAUGAUGGGGCAUGUUGUCUUCUUUCCAUUUCUUUUGUGGCAGAUAAUUCGUGCAGGACAUGAUGGACACACAGAUGUGGGUGUGGGGGCAGUGUUCCAGGACAUGGUGGGGAUGCUGCUUGGCCAGAAUCUUCCUCGCUGGCUGUCCUACACCUCCUCCAGCAGGGUUCUGGUGGCUGCCUGGCUGGUGUUCGCUCUCAUACUCGGACUGGCCUACCGGGGCAACUUGACUGCCUCUCUCACCCUUCCCAAGUAUCCACCGCGCCCAGAGACACUCGAGGAAAUCGUCGACAAUGUUGACAUGAUAACCAUGCCUAGUUACGGUAAACACUUCCGUAAAUACUACAGUGACUCUGAGUCUCCAUUAUUUCAAGCUCUGGGCAGCCUUAUGAACCCUGGACCUUCACUCAUGGAGGGGCUCAAGAUGGCGUUGGUGAAAAGAAGCGGCCAUCUAGAUCCAAGAAAGUACAUUCAGUACGAAAUUCUGGACAAGUUUACGGAGAAAGACGGCAGCACCCCUUUUUACGUCACUCGUGGGUCCGUCUCUCCUUCCCCUUGUGGAUGGCCAAUACCGCACGACGCGCCGUACAAGGCUCAUUUGGACAGACUGAUCGUGGCCACCUUGGAGGCUGGCCUCUAUGAUAAGUGGACAGCAGACUUGAUGAGGGAGACGAAGCUCAGGAGUCAGAAGAGAGAACGGCAACGUUACGCUGCAGGUCACGAAGGCCAGGCAGAACCAAAGGCCGUAAAUGAGGAUGGUCUACCAAUCCUCACCAUUAACCACACGCAGGGCGCCUUCAUCCUCCUCCUGCUGGGUUUCGUCUUUAACACACUCAUUUUUUCCAGUGAGCUGCUUUGUAAGAUUUAACUGAAAAUAAAAUCUGUGACCAUACAGCAAUAAAAUCGAGGACUACUUCACGGAUAGAUAUAUUUUUUCAGUUUUUGGUAGUAUAUAUAUGAAGGAACUACACUAAGGAAUAUCACUUGAUUGAUUGAUUUAAAAAUUAAGGCGCCGCGAGAGCGCAGUCAUAUGGCGUCGCUACAAAAUACUAAAAGCAAAUCAGAUGGCCGGUUAAAAUAUUUAUGAUAAAAAAAAAAAAAUGUGGUUUAGCUAGGAAAUGGGACUCCAAAAUUCAGAAAGGACGCUGUCAUGGCGGCCGCAUCCCGCGAUCCUCUAGAUUACUUAAACUUGCCGUCUUCCUCUACUGAGUCCUAGGCACCGAAUACUUGGCACUGAAGCCCCAGACACGUUCUGAUAUCAACUUAAGAGCUGCUAUGAAAGAUUUUUUUCUAAUACCAAUAUAAAAAGUAUUGCUCGCUAAAUUUAGGGACAGUGGAAAGGCGGGCUGCCUCGUAGCUCAUGGAAUGCACCUGAUAGAGAGAAAAUUUCCAAUG